ACGCAAAAUGACACAUCAAAAGAUCACGUUAUAUACUUUUAUUUAGAAGCAGAUGAGUUACGGUAUAAUAUAGAGCUCAUGCUCGAACAAUGGGGUGAGCGUACUCAGGUCUGCUGUCGGAAACCUCCUGUCUGAGACCUAGAGGAAAUAGUACUAGUGUACAUUUGAAAUAUGGGCAAAUACCCGCGUGUGCAUGCAAUACGAUCUCCUCUUGGCGAGUUUCCAUGGCAACUUUGACAGUGUUACUUGACGCCCUUAGCAUAUUUCAUGCACCUCUCUCGUUGCUGGUGAAAGGUGGUUGUUGGCUCGUAUCAAUUUUAUUGUCACCCUCUGCUCUUGGUGGCGCAAACGAUGGCGAAAUCAGGAAAGUCGCUUAAGUCGACGGGCUCGAGUCGGCUUCUGCUGCUGAAAGGCGCUCAAGAAAAAGGAGAAAACUUGGAUAGCGAGCGCAACGACAAUUUGAUGGCAAAUGACUACGACGCGCCGCUCAAACUCACUGAACUGGAAUUGCGAGAGGAAAUCGUUCGAACUCUCACCACGUUUGAUCCCAACGCCCCCAAAUACCCCGUGGAGUUUUGUUUCAAAACGCAGGGUUUCGUCCCGAAAGAAAGUUACAAUCACUUUUUAGUGCAUCUCAAUGUCGCAUCGACCUGUCUGCAUAGAGAUUCCGAAGCUGCUCAAGAACAACUAGCAAGAAUGCAAGAUCCAGGUUCUCCAGAAUCGGGAGCCAAAAGCAAGGCGCCUAAAAUUGGCACAAGUACCUCUGAAGAAAAAGUAGAGGAGGAAGAAGAUGUGGAGGCUGAGGGCGGUGCGCCUGCUGAAGAACCAGGUUCAGAAAAGCCGGACGAGGCUGCCGCGGAGGCAGAAAUAACUCCAGAUCCCGUGGUGGUGGCACCGGCACCGACGCCAGUUCCGGUUUCGGUCCUGCCGCAGAAAAAGCUGACGAACCAGUUUAAUUUUUGCGAAAGAGGCUCGUUGACGGUGAACAACCCCUCAAGGGAGAUUUUCACGCAAACAAACCCACCGCCGCGAGUGACUUUUUCGGCAAACGUCACUCAAUGGGGAAUUUACGACGCAUACAUGGAGGAGCAUGCUGAGCAGCAGGAGAAGGAAAAGGAGAAAAAAGAGAAGGAAAAGGCAACCCUUGCACCGCAGAAGAAGGAGGAAACCAAGAAGGUCGAGGUUGUUCAGGUUAAAAAUGCCUCCUGCGCUCCAGAGGGGGCAGCUAAGAUUUUAGAGAGAAUGACCAACCAAAAUACGUACGAUGAAAUCAUACAAGAUUUCAAAUACUGGGAGGAUCCUUCCGACGAGUUUAAAGAUGAAGAGGGUACUCUUUUACCACUUUGGAAAUUCAGUUGUGAUCGGGCGCAAAACUACACUGUUACUAGCAUUUGUUGGAACGAAAACUGCCCUGACAUGUUCAUCGCUGGCUAUGGUUCAUUCGACUUCAAAAGGCGCAAGGCUGGACUGAUGUGCGUGUACACGCUGAAAAACCCAUCCUAUCCCGAGCACCUGGUGUUCGUUGAGUCGGAAGUGCUGGCAGUGGACAUCCACCAGAGCCAAUCAAGCAUGAUUGUUCUGGGUCUUUUGGAUGGUAAUAUAGAGGUUUAUGAUCUGACGAAGAGCAGCGAGAUUCCACUGCAUAGCAGCAAUUCGGUAAACAAUAAACACACUGCGGCCGUUUGGCAGGUGAGAUGGAGCAAAGAAUCAAAUCAGAGUGAGAUGACUAUCUACUCAAUAUCAGCCGAUGGCCAAGUUCUGAGCUGGUCCCUCAUGCAAAACGAAAUGAUCAAAAUGACGCUGAUUUCUCUCACAUUUCCGACCGAACCGAUUAAUUCAGACGGCACUGCUUGCCCUCUGAUCGGCUGUGGCAGUGCCUUGGCGUUUCACCCUACGGAAAAUAAUAUAUUCUUAGUUGGAACGGAAGAGGGUCGGAUCUACAAAUGCAGCACAGCAUACACUUCAAUUUUCCUAUCUGAAUCAGAAGCACACUACAUGCCAGUGCAGCAGGUCGAUUUCAACCGCUACAAUCCCUCCGUCUACGCUUCCUCCAGUGGCGAUUGGAGGGUGAAAAUUUGGGAGGACGAUAGAAAGGAGCCACUCUUCGAAUUUGACCUUGGUUCACCUGUGGAAGACGUAGCCUGGGCGCCAUACUCAAGCACCGUUUUGGCAGCAGUUACGGCGGACGGACGGAUUCAUGUGUUUGACUUGAAUGUUAACAAAUAUCGGCCACUUUGUCAGCAGGCAGUGACUCAGAAAAAGAAGUGCAAGCUGACUAAAGUUUCCUUUAACCCAAAACACUUGAUAUUAGUCGUUGGGGACAGUUUUGGCUGCAUAUCCAGCAUGAAAUUGUCACCCAACUUGCGGAAGAAACAGAAGCCACCAAAGAAGGGAAUGGUUGUUGAUCACGACACGCUGGAAAAACUAAAAUUGGAUAAGCUUCUGAGCUUGGUGCGCGAACCAAACAAACCCAUCAUGGUUUUGGAUACAGAGAGCGCGGCUAAUUGA